UCCAAGUGGCCACACUGAAGAUGGCGGGGCAGGCGCUCUGCGACGUCACGGAGAUGGCGGACGCUGGCGGGCGCAGUUAGCGAGUCUAAACGAGCUUGGAGAUUUGGAGUCACAGAAAGAUCUCCCUCAAUAUUCCUAGUCUCCUGGCUGGGGUCCCCUUUCUCUCUUGCCUUUCGAAAUAACAGCGGCCUUGCUGGUGUCCGUGACCACGGAGGAAGCUGGCGUCGCGAGCUGAUUACGUACACCCAAAGGUUAUCGGUAAAGAAUCGGUUUCUAACGAAAACUGUAAAAACGAUUCGUUCUAACAAAAGGUUGGUGCUUCGAGACCCUCCAGCUGCCUGGGAAAAGCAACUUUUGUCUGGCAAAGUUCUCGGCCCACAAACCGAGGGCCAACUGCGCGCAAACUGCUCUCCUGCGGCUGACGGAGGCCGAGAAGAAAAAAGGCGGGAGCCUCCAAUCCCGGGUAAAGCAAAAUGGCUCGGGAGAAUGAGCUGCGGGAGUUCACGCACUGCUUCUUCCGAGGCCGUCCUGACCUCAGCACGCUCACGCACUCCAUCGUGCGGCGGAAGUUCUUGGCUCACACGGGUCGCAACCAUUUGGAACCCGAGGAGAAGCAGGCGCUGAAGCGGCUGGUGGAGGAGGAGCUACUGAAGAUGCAGAUGGAUGAAGCUGGUACCGGGCAAGAGAAGGCAGACCUCACUAAAAAGGUGAAGAGGCCUCCCACCCACUGCAGUGUUCAAGAAAGAAAAAGAUUACGCUUCAGUUCAGAAUCAGCUUCCAGGUCCCUAGUCUCCAGUCAAGACUGCUUUGAAUGCCCAGCAAAGAAUGGGAUGGCAGAAGCAGAAAUCAUCCCAGCCAAGGAGGAGCAUCUAAGGCAGGCCUCAAAGAAAGCAGUUAAGAGCAGUGAUGAAGAACAGCAAGGGGACCAGCCUGUAAAGCAGCCUACAAAGAUGAGAUUAGACAGCAGUGAGGAGGAGGAGGAGGGGGAGGGCUCUGUAAGAAUAAGAAAGAUCUUGAAGGCAAAAGACAGCCAGAAAGAUGAGGAAGAAAAAGAGUGUAAGCGCAGGAGUACAAAGAAACGCAAGACCAAGAAUGAGCAGGCACCAGGCAAGACCUCAGCCAGUAAGCAGCAGACAAGGGAGGAAAGUGAGGACAGUGAGGAAGAGCCUGUCCAGAGCAGAACCAAGAAGUCUGGGGGAAAGAGAGAAGCUAAAAGCCAUGAGGAAAGUGAGGAGAGUGAGGUGGAGGAGUGCCUAGCCACAAAGAAAGAGAACAUGGGGGAUAAGGACAAACAGGAGGAUGAAGGGGAGGAUUGGAAACCCAGAGCUAGGAGCAAAGGAGGUCAAAAGUCAGCUUUGGAAGGGAAGAGUUGUAAGCAAGAAAGCAGGGCAGGGAGGCUGAGUGAUUUAGGGGACAGUGGGGAAGAGAGAGAGGCAGCAGGCAAUGGAGAUAGCAGUGGGGGAGGCAGAGAGCCUCCAGUACACAGGAAGGGCAAGGACAGGACCCAGGGUCAGGGUAGGAAAAGGCAGAACAGAAGCAGCGAGGAUGAAGACAGCUGCAAGGUGCAAGCACCUGCUCAAGGCUCUGCAAAGACAGCCAAAUUGGGCAGUGCCAGUGGUGAGGAAAGUGACUCAGAAAGGGAGAUAAGUGACAGCGAGGCAGGGGGGAGACUUAAGGGAGAAAGGAAGAACCACUCUUCCAAGAAGAGCUCUAAGAAAGGCAGAACUCGAAGCUCCUCUUCUGAUGGAAGUCCAGAGCCCAAAAGCAGGAAGGCUAGUUCUGGUCGCCAUGGAGAGGACCACCCAGCUGUGACCAGGCUGAAGCGCUACAUUCGGGCCUGUGGUGCCCAUCGAAACUAUAAAAAGCUGCUGGGAUCCUGUUGCUCACACAAGGAGCGCUUGAGUGUACUCCGGGCGGAGCUGGAGGCCCUGGGCCUGAAGGGUAACCCUUCCUUAGAGAAGUGUCGUGCUCUGAAGGAACAGCGGGAAGAGGCAGCAGAGGUGGCUUCCUUGGAUGUUGCCAAUAUCAUCAGCAGUUCAGGCCGGCCACACAGGCGGACGGCCUGGAACCCUUCAGGAGAAGCAGCUCUGUCUGAGGAGCUGUACCGCCGGACCCUGGACUCAGAGGAGGAGCGGCCUCGCCAGGCGCCCCCUGACUGGUCACACAUGCGAGGCAUCAUCAGCAGUGAUGGCGAGAGCAACUGAGUACUUCUGUCUCCCAGGAGGAACCCUUUCCAUGUGUGUAUGCAAAGUGCUCUCAACCUGCAAAGCAAAAACGUUUUCAUGGAGACUACAGCCCCAGGGGCAGAAACUGUUCAGACUGCUUCUCAGCUUCAUGGUCCCCAUUAGUUAAGGUGUUCAGAUGGUCUUAUUUUUUGAGACUCAAUAAAGGAGUGUUUGUA